AUGAUGCUGUCAUUGUGUCACAAGGUUCUUAUGGGUGCCAAAAACUCACGUUUAGGGGUUGCGAUACUACAUGUCUGA